AUGCUAUCUUCACGGUUCAUUCGCACAUCGGGCAGUCGCCUUGCUCAGGCCAGGUCUUUCCACCAACAGAGCACAGUAUCUGAGGGAUUUUUGGGCAAACUCUUUGGCAGCAAAAAAGCCGACACACCCCAAACCACCGAUGCUCAGUCCCCAGCUGUCGGCGACAUAAUCCAGGACUCCAACGCACAGCAGCACAAACUGGGAGGCAACAAAAACAACGCAUCAUACGAGCCAAUCCAGCCAAAGUUCCCCAAGCGCGAGUACUCGGCGGCACGCCUGGAAUGCCGCAUCAAACAAGUGCUCAAGUCCUGCGAGGUGCCCCUGGAUACCGCCGAUUGGAAAUCCACACAGUUGGUCGAAAAGGACGUCAAGUUCAAGGUUCUUUCGGGCGUCAUGAAGUAUGUGAAGCUGCAGGUGACGAAUCGUGCGCUCAAUAAUGUGCGGACCGUGGGUGAUCUGCUCGAGGAGCUAUCGCUAAAGCCUGUGUCCAAAGAUGCUGGCCAUCCAGUGGCUCAGUUCUACGCGGAAAGAGCGAGGAGCUUCCGCCCAACAUGA